AUGGACCCCUCCAAGCGCGACGACGAUCCUCCAGCUGCAUCAUUCACUCCCACUUCCACCUCGGACGCACUCGCGUCGCCAACAACCACCAACGAUCCUGUAGACCGUUCGCAUCGCUUGAAUAAUGUGUCAAUGCUGGCGACACCUCUCCCGGUCUCUCCCUCCGGGUUUUCCUCUUCUUCUCUCUUAUCCCCGGCAGAUGCCCCCGCGCGCUCUACAUCGCCUCAGGCGCAUACAGCCCCUCGGCGCAUCUCCAGUUCUAACUCCCUGCGCGAUGAACAUCGAAGCUCCAGCCUAAAGAAGCGCUCAUCCACCGCGUCGCUGCGAUCUGUUCGCAACGACAGCAGAACCUCAACAUCCCCUCACCGUAGUGUAUCGCAACACUCAUCGUCGUCACUUUCAAGCUCUCCUACCGCCACCACACCAACCACUCUAAGUAAUCCCAACAUGCUGUCAAAAAAGUCGCGUCUUACCAAAGCAAAUGAGCUUCCUACACCCACAGCUGCCUCUAUCGCGACGGAUCAUUUCCAAAGAGAGGUAGAGCUGCACCACUCCGCUGACCUGCAGUCUCAAACUCUUGUGGUGAUCCAUGAUGCCUGUUAUGGCCAUCGCUUCUCACGUCCCCGCGCCUCCAGGGCAGCUCUCGGCUCGAUCGUCGAAAGACCCGAGCGUAUCCAAGCUAGUGUCCUGGGCGUGUCUGCAGCUUAUGUGCGUCUUACUCACCGGUAUGAAGGGGGUAGGUUCGCUCCCCACCCAGAUAUGAACUUGGACGAGCUUCCCGUACCACCGUUUCAGAUCUGCAGAACGGCACGGUCGAUGGCUCUCAGCUCCCCAGCAGUGACCCAUGUACAUGGUUCCAGGUGGAUGGACGAUCUGAAAACUAUGUGCGACGCAGCGGAAUCGCGACUUGCAUUGAACGGCAAAGAGUUGGUCCGACCCCCGAGUGCAGGUAAGGACGGCGCCACAGAAACCGCGCCUUCACUUCAUGAAGGCGACCUUUAUCUGUGCUCGGAGUCCUUGAACGCAUUCGAGGGAGCCUUGGGUGGUGUCUGCGAGGGCGUGGACGCCGUCUUUGGUCCCAGAUCGACAAAGCGCGCGUUCGUGUGCAUCCGCCCCCCCGGCCACCAUUGCUCUUCGGACCAUCCGUCGGGGUUUUGCUGGAUUAACAAUGUUCAUGUAGGUAUCUCCUAUGCUGCUAUGACCCACGGUUUGACUCACGCCGCCAUCCUGGACUUUGACCUACACCACGGCGACGGUUCGCAGGAAAUCGCAUGGGAGCAGAACCGCAAGGCUACUGCAGCUCCCCGGAGUGCAGCAAACUACAAGAAGACCGCUAUUGGGUACUUCAGUCUUCAUGAUAUCAACUCGUAUCCUUGCGAAAUGGGGGAGCCGGAAAAAGUGCGCAAUGCAAGUGUGUGUAUUGAUAAAGCACAUGGUCAGUCAGUUUGGAACGUCCAUCUGGAGCAGUGGAAGACCGAAGCGGAAUUUUGGGACCUUUACGCAUCCAAGUAUGCGGUACUGAUCGAAAAGGCACGUGCCUUCCUACGCUUUCACACUGAGCGCCUUGCUAGUACUCCCAAUGGACCUCCGCCUGUUGCAGCUAUCUUUAUCUCUGCGGGCUUUGACGCAAGUGAAUGGGAAGGGGCAGGAAUGCAAAGGCACAAGGUGAAUGUGCCUACCGAAUUCUACGCCAAGUUUACCGCAGAUGUCGUACGAAUGGCAGAAGAAGAAGGUCUGGGUGUUGGUGGAAGGAUCGUUAGCGUUUUGGAAGGAGGGUACAGUAAUCGCGCUCUGACAACGGGUGUUUUAAGCCAUCUGUCGGGGCUAGGGGAUGCGACCUCGUGUCUGGUGUCUGGCGGGGUGGAUGACAAGGCCGAUCGUUUAACUGCUGAGAUGACGAAUCGCUUGGGCCUGCUUGACAUCUCAGCUAAUGUCCAACACGCAUCAAGCCUGCCGGCUUAUGACAGCGGGUGGUGGUCGCCAGCUCUGCUAGAGGAACUAGAGGCAUUAGUAUAUCCACCGCCAGCAGUGAAACCUCGUGAGAAGUCUACACCAACCUACUUUGCUCCGACCCAGUCAUUUACCGCUAAAGUGGUCACUACGCCUCGUGAUCGACGAUCUACCGGCUCCCAGAUCAGCGUGGAAACUGAUGCGCCGCCAUUGCCGCCUGUUAGUUGGGCUACCGCAACGCAUGAACUUUCAAGAAUUCUUAUCCCAAGUCAUCGGCAAACCACAAGCUGUCGACCAGAAGAUCUCAACGCAGAAGCCACACGUUUGCGACGGGAACGUCAAACGGCCGCCCAGCACACCAGCGUCCGCUCGGCUGGGAAUGAAGAAAGUCGGAUGAAACUCCGUGCGAGGAAACCCAAGACUCCAUUACCCGAAACCCCGAACAAAGAAACUUCAAAGCGGCAGGCCAUCAAAAGCAACCGAAGAACUACCAUCGAACGUGCCAGUGACCUACCCGAUCCGUCCUUCGAUAAGUCUCCUAACACACGCAGCACAACCCGUAGAAAGAGUGCCGCUUCCACGAUAACAUCAACCCCGGAAAACAAAGCCCCAGGCGAUAAAACUGUUCGCUCGGCGUCAGCAGCCAGCACGCGCAGGCCUGGUAGCUCUCGGUCUGCGACUCCUAAGCGCGCCUCGAGCCCCAAAACGGCACCUCCUGUGCCUCGGGUCCCGUCCGUAUACACCAAUUUGUCUGCAGGUGAAGAAGCGGUGAUCACACCAGUUGAAUCACGCUCGUUAUCGAGGGGCACGCCAGAUACACCGCAAGAUGAUUUGGAUAGUCUGACAGCAGGUGUUCGAAAACUCAACAUCAAACUGAAAGUACCGUCACCUGAGGAACAUGCCGCCCGGGAAAGGGAACGCGAGCGACAAACUUCUAAGAGGGUGUCCAAGACACCUAUUCCCUCCAAAAAGUCCUCGGGCACGAAGGGACUGAAUGCUCCCGCGAAUAAGAUGGCAGCUCAUUCAAACACGGCUCUUGUAAGACCCGAUGCAGAGAAUCCUAUCACAUCGUUACCCACGGCUACCGGUGUGGUGGCCGAAGGAUCCGACAUCCAUGGUGGGGCUAUCCUGGAUAGAUCCACGGUAAUGUCUACGGCGGUUCCAUCACAGGCACUUCCUCUACAGACGGCAAUCUCACCCCCUGUUACGCCGGGAGCCACGUAUGAUAGUACGCACCCUCAACAUGCCUUGUACUCUCCACCGAUAUCUGAGCCCUCUGUCAAAGCAGGCAUUCCGGUGUUUAUAUCUAACAGCCCUAUUCCUUUUGCACCAACAAGUGCUCACCACGCGACCGCUCCAAGCACGAGCAGAGAGUCACCUCCUUAA